UUUCACUGGAUGAUGAUGCUAUGUUUGCUGAUGUACUUGGGCCAGAAAAAAAUGGUUAUGUACGUGCUUAUGGUCCUGGAAAAAAUGUCACGGAAUAUUUUGGUGUUAGACCUACAAAGAUAGAACUACUUAGACAACUUGAUACUUCAAGAAGAGAAGUAAACGAGCAUGUCCAACAAAUUCAAAAAGAAGCAAGUGAACAAGUAAAUGAUGUUAAGAAGCAAAUGGAUGAGAAACUUGCAGAGAUGAAUAGAAUAUGGGAGCAGAAAUUCAAGAUGCUUUUGGAGAAAAACAAUAAUAUUGCAUCAUCUAUGGAGGAUUCCCAAGAUGAUGAAAUUGGAGGAUGAUUUGCAGUAUAUUUGAAGUUUUGGAUUUUGAAGCAGGCAGCAGCCUUAUAAUACUACUUUUAGAAAAUUUAGAUAUUAAUAUUAGUGUUAGU